UGAUUCUCCCAGAGGUACCAGGGGACAGAGGAUCUAGGGUGACGGAGGAACAGAAGGAAAUUCACAUUAGUCAGGAAAUGGUGUUGGGUAGACUGAUUCACAGCAUUCAACAAUCUGUCUUUAUAAAAACAUGGAAAAUAACACGAGGAUUUGAGUAGAGGAGCAAAGAGGCCCUUCUGCAGUUGUACAGGGCCCUGGUGAGACCACACCUGGAGUAUUGUGUGCAGUUUUGGUCUCCUAAUUUGAGGAAGGACAUUCUUGCUAUUGAGGGAGUGCAGAGUAGGUUCACGAGGUUAAUUCCCGGGAUGGCGGGACUGUCAUAUGAAGACAGAAUGGAACAACUGGGCUUCACUGGAAUUUAGAAAGAUGAGAGGGGAUCUUCUAGAAACAUAUAAAAUUAUGAAUGGAUUGGACAGGAAAAAUGUUUCUGAUGUAGGGGGAGUCUAGAACCAGGGUUAGAUAGAGCUCUUAGGGCAAGCACAAUCAAGGGAUAUUGGGAGAAGGCAGGAACGGGGUACUGAAUGUGGAUGAUCAGCCACAUUGAAGGGCUGAACGGCCUACUCCUGCACCUAUUUUCUAUGUGUUAUGUUUCUGUUGAACACUAUUAAUGUGCAAGAAUUGAAAAUUGCAAUUGCUGGACAUUUGAACUAAGGAUGGAAUGUCCUUAAUGGAUUGACCAGCAAAUGGAUUCACCAGGAAAGAUAGAAAAAUGUAGAAACAAAAAAUUGCAAAUGCUGGUUAAUACACAAAAGGACACGAAGUGCUGAAGUAACUCAGCAGGACAGGCAGCAUCUCUGGAGAACAUGGAUAGGUGUUCUCCCGAAUAAUCAAAGAUGAGUCUUAACCCCCUUCUCCCUUCUCCCAUCAGGCAUGAGGUGCGGAAGUGUGAAAGUGCACACCUCCAGAUUCAGGGACAGUUUAUUCCCAGCUGUGAACAGGCAACUGAACCAUCCUAUCAACAACUAGAGAGCCAUCCUAAAGGGCCUGUCCCACUUACGCGACCUUUAAUGGCGACUGCCGGCACCCGUGAUAGGCACCCAGAAAGACGCUACGACUCUUUGGAGACCUAUGGUCGUGAGAGGUCUCCAAAGAGUCGUAGCGCCUUUCUGCUCGCCGCUGAAUUUUCAACAUGUUCAAAAUUUUGGCGACCUAUCACGGGUGCCAGCAGUUGCCAGUAAAGGUCGUGUAAGUGGGACAGGCCCUUAAGCUACUAUCUAGCUCACUGGAGACCCUUGACUAUAUGUAAUUGGACUUUACUGGACUUUAUCUUGCACUAAAUGCUAUUCCCUUUAUCAUGUAUCUGUACAUUAUGGAUGGUUCGAUGAAGUCAUGUAUGGUCUUUCCGCUAACUGGUUAGCACACAACAAAAGCUGUACCUCAAUACAUGUGACAAUAAACUAAACUCAACUGUAAUCUAAACUAAACUAAACAAAACGUGAUGUUUCUAGUUGAGUCAUGUAUGACCUGACCUGAAACAUCACCUAUCCAUCCACACCAGAAAAUAUGUUGCUUUUUUUCCUUGUCAAAUGUCUUCAUCGAAUUGAGAAAAUAUCGUAAAAUGUUCCAAGGAUAAGAACAAAAUAUUUAGAGAAUCUGAAGAAGGGUCUCAACCUGAAACGUCACCCAUUCCUUCUCUCCAGAGAUGCUGCCUCUCCCGCUGAGUUACUCCAGCAUUUGUGUCUAUCUUCGAUUUAAACCAGCAUCUGCAGUUCUUUCCUACACAUUGAGAAAGUCUGGUCUGGUUAAUAGUUAAUACUGGCCCUGUGAAAGCUGAUGCAUUAAAGUAAUGAUAAUAAACCUUUACACCAUAUGGCUAUGGUGCGUUGUACUUCUCAGUAUGUAUAUUAGGAUGCCUGUCACAGUGAUUAAGAGCUUUGCUCCUUUUAUUAGGGGACAAACAAGCAAUUACCACACAAACAGCUCCCAUUUGGUACAUUGGGCCGAGAUGCAACGUUUGAUUAAUGUUCGAUUUCCCAUGUUAAUCAGUUACCUCAUCGGCAAUCAGUUCAUACAGUAUUGGUUUGCUUCAUCCUACUCAAACUCGAGAGGAGCGAUGGACGUGAAUGAAACUAGUAGCUAUUACAUCUCUGCACAGACUUUCAGCAUCUCCGAUAUUAUUGUCAUUGUGGCUUAUUUCAUCCUGAAUGUAUUUGUUGGCAUGUGGACUUCUUGCAGAGUGAACAGGAACACACUUAGUGGAUACUUCCUGGCUGGCAGAGAUAUGGCUUGGUGGCCGAUUGGGGCAUCGCUAUUUGCCAGUAGCGAAGGCUCGGGACUGUUCAUUGGACUGGCUGGUACCGGCGCAGCUGGAGGAAUCGCCGUUGCCGGGUUCGAAUGGAAUGCCACCUAUGUGCUGCUGCUGAUGGCUUGGGUAUUUGUACCCGUCUACAUAUCCUCAGGGAUAGUGACCAUGCCUGAAUACCUGCAAAAACGAUUUGGAGGGGAAAGAAUUCGGAUGUAUCUGUCUGCUCUGUCACUGCUGCUGUCUGUCUUCACAAAGAUAUCUACAGAUCUGUACUCAGGGGCCCUGUUUGUGCAAGUCUGCCUCGGAUGGAACCUGUACCUUUCGACAGUUCUGAUGCUGGUUGUCACAGCUCUCUACACCAUCACAGGUGGUCUAGCCGCAGUUAUCUACACCGAUACACUUCAAGCAGUUGUCAUGAUUAUCGGAACAGUGAUACUGACCAUUACAGCUUUUAAUAAGAUUGGAGGGUACCACAACCUCGAGAGUGUAUACCUAAAGGCAGUUCCAAGAAAGAUUAUUGCCAACACAACUUGCCACCUCCCCAGGACUGAUGCCAUGCACCUCUUCAGGGAUCCCGUUGAUGGAGACCUUCCCUGGACUGGCAUGACUUUUGGCUUGACCAUCCUGGCAACAUGGUACUGGUGCACAGAUCAGGUUAUUGUUCAACGAUCACUAGCGGCAAAGAAUCUGAGCCACGUCAAGGGUGGUGCCAUACUAGCAAGUUAUCUCAAGAUGCUGCCGAUGAUUUUCAUCAUAAUGCCUGGGAUGAUCAGUCGGGCUCUCUUUCCAGAUGCUGUUGCAUGCGUAGACCCCGAGGAAUGUUUGAAAGUGUGUGGCACCAAAGUGGGCUGUUCUAACAUCGCUUUCCCCAAGCUCGUGAUUGAACUCAUGCCCGAUGGUUUACGAGGACUAAUGAUUGCUGUUAUAAUGGCAGCUCUCAUGUCCUCCCUGACAUCUAUAUUCAACAGCAGCAGCACCCUGUUUACCUUGGACAUCUGGAGGAAGAUCAGGAAGGAUGCCAAUGAACGAGAACUACUCCUGGUGGGAAGGAUUGUGACUGUGAUACUGGUCGCAGUUAGCCUGAUCUGGAUCCCCAUUUUACAGAGUGCCAACAGUGGGCAACUCUUUGUAUACAUUCAGUCGGUUACCAGCUACUUAGCACCUCCAGUUACCGCUGUCUUUCUCCUUGCUGUGUUUUGGAAAAGAGCAAAUGAGUGUGGUGCCUUCUGGGGACUGAUGGUUGGGCUGGCAAUCGGACUGGCGAGAAUGAUAAUGGAAUUUUCCUACCCACCGCCUCGCUGCGGUCUGUACGACCCAAGGCCGCCCAUCCUGAGGAAAGUUCACUACCUGCACUUUGCGGUCAUACUCUGCGCCCUGACUGCGCUCGUUGUCGUGGCAACCAGCCUGCUGACUGAUCCUCCCAAAGAGAGCCAGAAGACAGGUGUUACAUGGUGGACUCUUCCACGAGACAGAAGGCAGCCAGACAUCUCCCUGCCAAAGAUAUCUCCUGAAGGACAGGCCUGGGAGAAUGGAACAGAAGGUACAGUGGGGACGAUACGACAGAAGCGGUCGUGGACUGACCUCUGCCGCAGUACCAAUACAGAGGGAGACAGCGGCAACCAACAGCGCAACAUCACCGACAUCCAUGAGAGCCCAUUCUGGUCACGGGUGUGUUGUAUAAACGCAAUUAUCCUUGUCUCUGUGAACAUCUUUCUGUACGCGUACUUCGCUUGAGUCAGCAAGUACAUCUAUAAGAACCCUGAGUGUAUAUUUUGUCGCAUGUGAUUCCAGAAAACGUAUAAUCAGUGGAAUUUGUAGGGAAACUGGUUUCCAUUAUGUUUUCUAUCUCGUGGUUGAGUGAGAAAAGUAUUAGUUCCAUUUCAGACUUGAUUGCUGUAAUCUUCCCCAAUAUUCUCCAUGCUACAUAUAUAUAUAUAAUGGUCCCAAAUCUGUGCCCAUGUCUCACCCUGCCUUCUCCCAACCCUCUGCACGAAGAGAAGUGUUGAGAUGUGGGGAGAGUGGGGAGUGACAAUGCAUCUUUGAAACAUAGCAAGACAUUGGACUCCUUCCUAAAUGUCUCCUCUCUUAUCUCAGUGAUGGUUCACCAGUUCCUUCACUACCACGCUUUUCACUGCACACGUGACAAUAAACUAAACUAAACUAAACGUGUACCAAGGUACAGUGAAAUACUUAUUUUGCAUUCAGCCCAACAAGACUAUCACCAUAGAUAAGCACAAUCCCCGGUUGGUACAGAAUGUACAUAACAGCCCACCGAGUCUAUAUGUAAGAGUUUCCCACUUGCCCCCAUUUCACAGUCCCAGCUGCAGCCGGCCACAAAGACCCAUCUCUAGAACCCUCGUCCCUCUCCUUGCUGGACUUCUUCAGCGCUUGUUCCCCGGGCAGGUGCCUCCCGUAGCUGAACUUCGGGGUAAGACCCCCCCCCUACCGGUUCUUCUCACCAGGCCCUCUGUCCAGCAUUUGCUGCUGUCACCAACUCCCUCCACCACCUCUUUGAUUCUCUCCCUCCUGCGCUUAGAUGCCCGCGUAAACUAACCUCUUCCACCCGUGCGAUGGCAGAAACUGGAAUAUGGAGCAAGAAAUUAACUGCUGGAGGAACUCAACGGACAGAGGUCAAGCAGCAACUGUGAAGGUAAAGGGGUCAAUGGUCGACAAUUCCUUCCCCGCAGAUGCUGCUCGACCCAUUGAGUUCCUUUAGUUUAGUUUAGACAUACAGUGCAGAAACAGGC